AUGAACGGCAUAUCGACCAGGGGGAUGAACGGGUUCGAUGGGCGGCCGCAGCUGCUGCGGCCCUUGGGCGCGCCCAAGGGUCCUGCGCUGGUCGAGGGAUACAGGCAGGACUCCUUCAACAACUUCCAGCGGGAGAAGCCGCGGUUCAACCCUAUGAAUUCCGAUAGGACGCAAAGCUCGGUUCUCGUUGACCUGAAGGACCCUAUCCAAGUGCACCUCCUUACCGAGACCGCAUUGUUUGACAGCAAAGAAUAUGAAGUCUUGUCGCAAGAGGAGGUGGACGACCUGAAGAAGCAGACCCGCAUGCUCGGCCAGAUGAUCGAGCAGACACGUUCGAACCUCGCGAUCCAGUCGAAAUACCGCGACGCGGCCAUCUCCAUGUCCAAGCUCUACUCACCAAACGCUGCCAAACGGAAGAGCCUGUUGGGGAACCGAGCCAGCGGCGGCGAGUCGGCGCGCGAGGUCGAGGCCGAACGCGAUGCCAUACAGAAGAAAUGCGAGGAGCUGGCUUCGGAGCUGUGGGUCCUGGAGAGACGGAUCAUGGAGCCACAAAGGAGAUUACUGGAGCACACGGCCGGCAUCUUGCAGCUGACGCACAAGACGCAAGCCAAGCGGAAGCUGGGUACGCAGACGCCAAGGGUACCUCUUGUCAAUGGCGUACCGGCAAGCCCAGAGAGCAUGUAUACCGUCUCCAACGGCAGAGAUAGUAUGGAACCCGAUGACGUACUGCUCUUUGACGAAGGAAAUUGGUCCCGGUCCUUUGACGAGGGGCGAGGCUUCGGCGGAAACCUUCCGAAGAAGAACCCCAUCGAGAUACCUCUGAAGUCGCCGGUGCGAGAGCAGCAGAAACAGUUGACCGAGGAGACUGAAAAGCUACGAGACGAGAACACUGCGCUAAGGCGAGAGGCCGAUGCACUCAGAACACAAGCCCAGUCUCUAAACUUGGAGCUCGAUGAACUCAAAGACCAGACAGCGGAUCAGUGGAAACUGAUAUCAGAUACGGAACGCAAGCUGGAGAUGUUCAACAAUCAACUACGCCAGGUGAUUGUGCAAUCAGAUCCGGUGAAGAACGGCAACUACAGAGCUCCACCCUCUGGCCAACUCGAGCCGGGUGAUAUGAUUGGCAGCCAUCUUGAUUACCUCGAGAAAGCAGUCGCCGCAGUCGGCGAGAACCAAGGCAAUAGCCGCGAGGCGACGGAGACUGUUCAAGACCUCAAUGGCCGGGUUCAGGAACUCAUUUCCGAGCAUAGCAAUGACCGCCACCCAGAUGUCCCUCACGCAGAUGGAGGACUUGACGAUCAAGUCCAAUAUAUGCAUGGUGCACUAGACAAACUCAGCUUCGUUCUACAGAAUGCUGCAGAGCUGUCAAGGGCCGGUUCUGCGGACAGACAGAAGGGUGAGCAAGCCGAUGCAGUCCUUUCAGGUCUCUGGGAUAUUAUCCAGUCAGGCUACGCCGAUAUCCGCGCACGGAAACAGGAUCGAAGGAAAACUCGCCUUGAAAAGGGCCUCGAGCCGGAAGAUGAUGACGACGCAUCCGACUCAGACGCGUUCGAUACUGACGAGCCAUACUCGCUACCUGCCUUCUCUACCAAGGUCCAGUGGCUGUAUGCCGAGGCUACGAAGUUGAAGGAGCAGAAGACGGUUCUCAAGCGACAGAUCAAGCAGCAACGCGAGCUGAAUAAUAAGUCAGACGGCGAGAAAGACGAGGCAAUUAGGACCAAAGCUGAAGAGCUUGAGCAGACACGUGGUGCUCUCGGUCGCGUGGAGCAAGAGGCGGACGGUAUGCGUCAGCAACUCUCCAAUGCCCUUGCUGAGCUUGAGACUGCUCAAAGGGCAGCACAGCAAAACGGCCAAGAACAGUCGGCUGCUGUGCGUGAAGCACAAGUCCAGCUCAAGGAGCGCAACGCCAAGAUCGACUCUUUGGAGAACAGCUCCAGGGAUGUACAGACACGCCUUGCUGCGGCCGAGGCCAGCAUAGCGACCAUCACAGCUCAGCUUCAGGAGGCCAACGAGGCUAAGAGCGAGGCCGAACAGAAGCUCGAGGCCAAAGCCAAGGAGCUCAACAGCACGCAGGAGGAGCUCGACGAGAUGACCGGCAUGGUUGCCGAGUUCAAGAUGGAGGCUACGCUCGCUAAGGCCGAGCUGGACGGAGCCUACGGCACCCGGCGUGAGCGAGCCGCCGAGGUCGCCGCCCUGGCCAACACCUCCGAGACGGCCAAACUGCAGGCCAAGGUCACCAGGCUGCAGCCAAGGAUUGACGAGCUCGAGAAGGAGCUCAAGGGCACCGUCCAGGAUCUCAAGGACAUUACCAAGCAGGCCCUCGACGCCGAGUCCAAGAUCGCCGACCUCGAAACCGAUCUCGACAGAGUCACCCAGGCAGCGCGCAAGGAGAAGGAGCAGCUGCAAGACGCUCUCGACCACGAGAGGCUCAAGGCGAACAGCGGGCCGCUUUCGCCGAGCGGACGGCCCAACGCCUCGAUCCUGACGGACUCGUACCGCGACGCGCUGCGGAAGGAGAGGAAGAAGUACGAGGAGCAGCUCAGAAACGAACAAAUGGGCAAGAAGAGACUGGAGGAGGAGCUCCGACAGCUCAAGAGGAACCUGGGGCCUGGAAAGAGCCCUCUCAGCCCGCGGUGA